GAGCGGUCUGCACGAAGGUAGUUUUGUAAAUAGUGUACAGUAUUUUGAUUUAACGGGAUGAAUACUCGCCAAAGAAUUUAGGUGUAAUAUUCGUCAGCCACACAUGGUGACAUUGUGUCUUUUGUACUCAUGUCGAAAGAGUUCUUGAAUACAACAGACAUUUCUGAUACCUUUGCUGGUGUUCCAAGAAAACAGAAAUUUGUAACAAAUCCAACACCUUCGGCCGUUACCAGAUAUGUAUGCAUUUCAAAAGAAGCAGAUGGUUCAUCCCAUUCUCAACCCCUGGCAUUCUGGGAGAGUGUGAGAAAUAAUGAUCCAGUAGUUACUCAGCAUGUGUGCUCUUUUGAAGAAUCGGGAAGUGAUGUUAGUUCAUCAGUCGCAUCCACCAAUGUGGUGCUGAAAAAACAUGUUGCAGUCAUUCCAGCAGAUGCAAUACCAGCAUUUCCUGGUUUUUGUUCUGCUGAGCGUCUUGAUCAGAAACGAUACAACCAGCAUGAACAUGUUUCUCACAAACAGCAUCCACCAGCACACAUCAAGUCAUGCCGAGAACAGCAGAAAUCCACAAGGAUAACUCCACACACAUGGCGUGAGCAGGUACAGAUCAUAAAGAAGGAAGAUGCUAUUGCUGCGGCAGGAGGAGUGAAUAGCAUUGUAACUGUCUCAGCUGUUAAGUUGAAAGACAAUGUAGGUUCAUCUGUCAUCACUAAGUCAGUCAUUUCUGAAGCAGAAGCUCAAACUGCUUUAACAGAAUGUAUCAGUGCUACUAAUCCAGGUGACAUAAUUAUUGAGAAAAAUAUUAUUACCAGUCAAAGAAAUGACAAAGAAUUCCAUGAAUUAGACCGUGGUGAUCUUGAUGUAAAUGAGCCAGAGGUUUUAAGUGCUGAUGGAAACAAUGCUGGAACUGAAAAAUUAGCCACUAAUAUUAAAGUGAAAAGUGUUGGCUCCAUGCAAAGAGCUUCAACUGAAGUCAAUGAUCUGAAAAAUGCAGAUUCUGAGAAAAAAUGCACUUCAGAUACUCCAAAAAGAAAGUUAUUUCAUAAUCGAAAUAAAACUAGGGAAUAUAUACUCCAACAGAAACAGAAACGAAAAGAAAGAUUUGCCACUGAACAAAGCAAAAAGAACAUGGAGGAUGAAAUGAAGAAAGUUAAGCUUCAAACGCUGAGGGAAAAAUCCCGAAGAAUUGUUAAAACAAAUGUUAAGAAAUCGUUAUCUAAGAAAAGAAGUCCAGAAAAAAUAAAUAAUUUGGGCCCAGAUACUGCUAUUGAUCGUAAUGGGAAAGAAGAUGACUUACAGACACCUGAUGUUGCUAUUACUAUGAAAAGUGUCACUCAGAAAUCAGUUUCAGUAACUAAAUAUAAAGUUACAGAGUCCAUACCCUCAAGAGAUCGUCUGUCAGCUGAACGUGAUAAUGACAUAGAUAUGGCACACAAUUCUUCUCUGCCUGACAGCAAUGGAGGAAAUUCCAACAAGAGUAGCAGUGUGGAUCGAGAAUUGAAAGGAGACCAGCAGAUAAGAAAUGAACUUGAUUUGAAGAUACGUGCAGUAGCAAAAGCACUCAGUGCAGAGCUAGAAUCCAACAUUUUGCAUUCUAGUUAUGACCUAACAGACAAGGUGACCAAUGAUAGGAACCAUCUGUCACUACAGCGUCCAUUGUAUAGACUUCGUGACACUGUAUGCAGUAGGCAGCCAGUUACUCAUAAUAUGGAAAAUAGCAGAGUGGUGAACACAGACAGUGCAAUAAUAAAUAUCAGUGAUUCACCUCCAACCAAACUUAAACGCUAUGAUCAUAGAAAGCAAAUGAAGUCAUUGGAAAAGAAAAUGGAGUUAGCGAAUAACACAAUCAGUAUGCUCAGAGAAAACAAUAUUAUUAAAUCUUUUGAACGGUCUACCAGAGAACAGGCAGGAAGUGUCAAGGGACCUGAGAAAAUCCUAAAGGAAAACUCCAUUGAAUUGGAGAAAAAAUCUAGGCAAAAAACUGUGGACAGUCCACAGCAGUAUUUUUCCAAGAGAAGUGCUUUUCCUUUUUGCCCUGAGCAGCAUUCUGAAACAACUGAAAAAAGUAGAAAAUUGCUUAAGAAACAAAGAAUUGCCGAUAAAACAAACCAUGUUCAAAAUCACUCAGGUACUUCGACACAAACAGCGUUAAACCAUGUUCCACAAAUAAGCAUGAAAUACUCACCACCAACAUCACCUCAUAUUUCAGAAUCUGGUAUUAUUGGAAAGAGUGAGAAUGUACAACCCCAAGUGCGCAAACAUUUGGAUGAAGUAAUUAAUUUGAAUUGUCUACCUUCAUCAUUCCCCAACAAUUUGCAGACAAUAGAAAGAAAUACUCAUGUUACUCCUGUGGAACAAAAAAAAGACCCAGAACGUAGGCAUGAACGUGUUAAAAAUAGACAAACUGCAGAUGAUGAUUAUAACAAAAGGUCAGAUAGAAAAUCACAGCUGCAGACUGACAUGGUCACUACUCACUCAGAUCCAGUGAAAGAUUGUGAAAUUAAGGUACAAGCUAAUGAGAAAUUGAAGAAAUUGUUGAUGCAACAAGCAUUUGAAAAAGACCAAUAUGCAGCAAAUUCUCCAUUAACACGUGAUGUCACAACCAGAUCUUCAGGUGCUGCUGCGGAGCUAUUCAAGCGUGCUGUUGAACAUGAAAAAAGAGAGAGAGCUGCUACCCGAAUUCAAGCAUUGUAUCGUGGACAUAGCACUAGAAAAAUUACAGAUUCACUCUUGAUUGGUACCAAGUCAAAGAGUGAUGUCCAGCAAACACAGCUACAGGAAGAACAACAUCAUAACAGCACAAAGAAAGAGACCUGGUUCAAAGAAGAUCUUAGUGGAAGCAAAUUGAAUACUGGUGAACCAACAGAUUGGCUUGAACUAGAGCCUGUCAAACCAUGUCCGUACAAUGUCAUGACAGCUGUUAGGCAAAAACUUUUAGCCCUUAAAGUCUUGGAUGCCAAAGUUGAAACAAAAACUGCAAACAUUUGUACAGAUCGGACAUUGGCAGGUGAUAAAAGUGGUAUUGAAGGGAACAAUAAGAGUACUCUAGAUCAAAACAAAGAAGUGUGUACUUCAGGCUUCUGGGUGGAAGAGAAUGCAAUUGUACAAACAAAUACUGUUGCCCCUGCCACAGAAAAUAAGAAAAAAGUGCAGGCAGUACAACUAUGUAGUUCAAAGGAGAAUUCCUUGUCUAAUGCAGAAGGAAGAUCAGGUAAUAGAAAGACAAGUGGAUCAGAUAAAAGCUAUGUCUUUUCUGAAGAAGCUGGUUGGAUUGAAAAUGAAGAGCCAGAGCAAAAAGGAAUUGGAUCUUUACACCUCAGUACAGUAAAUAAAACCAAUAUUACACAGCACUCUAGAAACCAGGGUAAGACACGUGAAUCCUCAGCCAAAUCAUCAAUAGUAGGUAGUGAUAAAGAACACUCACUGACAUGUAGCCUUAGAAAUAACAGUGAAAGUUUAUCAUUACCAGAUGUGCAUCUUGUUAGAAAGCGUAGGAGUUCAGAAAAUGAAACAGUUUCUAUCCCUUCUAAUUCCAAAGAGCCGUAUUUAUCUGGUGUGAAGGAAAGGGAGAAUUCACUGCCAACAAGCAAGGCAGAUUGGAUAGAAGCAUCAGUACAUUUGUCAUCUCCUCAAACUUCAUUUCCCUCUGAAACAAAUAAUAGGACAAAGAAUAAUGAAAGUGAAACACAUUACAAGAAAAACAUAACAGAGACAAAAUCAGAUCAUAGUGCAAAAAACAGCAACAACUCUAAGGAGACAAUGUCGAGCAUAGACAUCUCUGAUGGAGGUCAUGCAGAAAAGUCAUCCAUACAGUGCACUGGAACUCCACUUGAAACUGAAACCAAGAAGACAGGGUCUUCUCAUUCUGGCAGUUCCGCAAAUUGGAGCCGCAACAGACACAAAUUUCACAAAGUAUUGGAAUCAGGAAAAAUGGAUGAACGAGAGCAGCAGGUUCAGGUUACAUCAGAUCAUCAGCAACAGCGUGCCCCAAAACAGGAUAAGAUUGAUGACUUUGAAAAAAACAGAAGAGAAUUCAAUACAGUUAUUGAAUCCAUGAGAAGAUGUGCUACAUUGUCUGGUGUUGACCCAGAGAUCAUUGAUUGGCUUACAUUUUCAGAUGUGUCAAGUCCAGUGAAGGAGUCAAACACUGAAGUUAGAUUUCAGAAACAAGAAAAGGAAUUAUUCCAAACAGAGAAAAAUGUACUGAACAACUCUGAAAAUAAUUCUUUUGGAGAAAAUAGAGAGAUGCAAAAUGUAAAGUAUUCAUACGACUCUUCCUUCACUUCUGUGAGUGAGGACAUUUCAGGCCAAACAAAUAGUACAAAAAGCAAACAUUCAAAACUCAAUUCACUAAGUGAAAGCACUGUUACGAAAAUAUUAGAUGCAGCUCUUAAAAAAGGACAAAUUUCCAUAGCAGCUUAUUGUAAGUAUGCGAAGUUGAUCCAGGAAGAAGCAAUGCGUGCACAUGAGCAGGACAUUCUUCUGGACACAACAGAGCAGGCACUCCUUGAUCGAUUCAAGACUGACAUGAUGUCACUUGAAACAAACAAAAGACAGUUGAAGCAGUGUGGCAAAGAAAACCUCGUCCCAUCUGUUAAAAAAAAGCAGCGAGCCCUUGUUCUGAAACUCGAGCAUGACAGAGAAGAGAUAAAAAGGUUGCGAAAUAUGUACAUGGAAGCAUCCAAGGAAUGGAGAAAUCUGCUCUUGCAACACCUAAAUCUUGCCAAAUGUAAUGUGACAGACAACAAAACCUUGGGAACAACGCUACAAGAAAGAGCACUGACAACAGCAACAAGCAUCAGCACAGAGCCAGGAAACCCCAUGAACUCAGAAACAAAGAAAUCUGUUGUUCCCAGUACUUCACCUGUGCAGACAGAAGUCUCUUCAAGCAUACAAACAGAAUUGUCACAACAUUCAGCUCAGAGUACAAGAUCAGUGGGUUCAGGUUCCUGGAGUUCCAACCAAAAGAAAGAAAAUUCUCCAGUUCAAAGCAGUGUAGAUGUUUGUACAGAUUUAACAAAAACUGAAACAGCUGCUCAGACAAAUUCAGCUGAAAGUAGACACAGUCUUCUUCCAAGCAAGAGAUUAUGGUCUCAUGAUGAAAUAUCCAACUGGGAACAAUCACCAGGUGAAGAUAAAACGAGAGUAAGGCCAUUCAGAUAUCACAGAGAUCACAGUAUUUCCCCAAUGAGAGUGCUGAAAACUGAGAAGCAGAACAUAAAUCUGAGUGGAAGUGCUGAUUUUCUCCACAUGGAAAAUAAUUCUGCAACCACUUGCUUUGAUAGAGACUUUAUUUCAGUGAAAAACAGUUCUUCUGCGAGGGCAGUGCCAGUCAAAGGAAGCAACAACAAAAACAGUUCUGCUUCUCAGGAAACUGCAGAAACAGUUUCUUCUGCAGAGGUACUGUGCAAGGGCAGUGAUGCCAGUAUUCGGAUGUCUGUAUCUCCACAAAGUGGGAUGAGGAGGCAGUCAAGUGGCUCUGAUGAAUCCGUUAUGUUAUCACAAGGUGACACACCAUCAGAGCAAAGCGAUCUGGAGGGCCGAGUUUGUGCUUUAAGAGAGCAGCUAAGAAGACGUGAACUGGAAGCUGAGCAAUUAAAGAAACUGCAGAGGAAGAAAGCUCGUAGGGAGGAACUGAAAGCUACGGAGCAGUCUUUACUGAAACAGAUACAGGCGCUUGAUUCAUACAUCAAUCGAAUAAAAGAACAACUGAAGCAAAAUUUCAACACAUCCCCCUUACUUGCUGUCAAACCUAAGAUAAAACAGCCCCGUGUCCAGACUGAACAAAUCUCCAAGCAUAUUUUGGGUAGAACUAAGGAAAAGUCAGAACCAUGUAAACAGACUGAACGAAAAUCCAACCAGGUGUUGGACAAAGUUGAAUAUGAAUCCCCACUAGAUGAUAGUUCUCAAAAGUCAAUAUCAAAUGGCCUAAGCACUGAGAUUCCAACUGUGAUUUCAGAACAGACAGCUAACUCUGUAAAAUUUCUGCCAGAAGACACUAAUAGCAUCACAUUCAGGGAAGCACACACUUCUGAAGAUGAUAACCAUCAGGAUGAUAUUGUUUCUGUCUCAGGCUCUUAUGAGAGGACAGAGGGUCCUGACUCCACUGAAGAUUAUAUAUCUCAAGAGAAAAAUAGCUACUCCAAGAACAAGAAUGCCAUCAUAAAGACAUCUUCCAUGAAGGAAAUCAGUUCCUUAAGCUCAGAACAGCAAUGUUCAGGUUAUGUAAAACACACAAAAAGUGAGCAGUCUUUUUCAGCAAGAGCCUUGAAUGAUGGAGUGUCCAUAAUUCCUACCAUGCUUGCCUCAGGCGAUGAUUUUGUUGAAGAGGACAGAGAGAUUUCUGAAAUUUUGGUGAACAGCACUUUUGAUAUGAUUAAUGCAGAAGUUUCAUCAACACAGCAAUGUAAGGGUUCUAAAAAUGACUACACACAAGAGUCUUGUGUUUCCUCAUCCUUCAAGCCUCUUGAGAACUCAUCUGAAGCUAAGUCAAAUAACUUGUUCUCAGAGAGGUCAGACAGUUCUCUCAAUAAUGUUGUCCCCCACAGGACUGUCUCAAAAUCAUGUACAUCAGCUACUAUAAAUGAAGAAUUAUCUGAAAUUGAAGAGACAUCCGUGAGUAUUCAACAGAUAUCAGACACCACAGAAGUGCAGAAAGCUUCAUCAGCUGAUAGUAUACAACAUGAAAUUUCAGAAAAAUCGGACUUAGAAUCUGAGAAUGUAGUAAAUGUUACAGAUUUAGUGUGUGCACCACAAAAUGUAGGUGAUACAUUCUGUAUCCUUACAUCUGACAUAAAAGCAAUGAAUGCAUCACCUAGUAUUUUGGCAGCUGGAGAAGAAAAAGGAGAGGAUUCUACACAGGAACUGCUAUUAUCUACAGAAAGUCGGAAUCAACCAUCAGAGAAAGAACUAUCUGAGGAAUCUGUAUUGAAUGUCUAUUCACAUACCAAUCAGGGCAGAGAUGGGAUAGAGUUCUGCCACAGUGCAGAUGAUAGCAUCUGCACGGAGAGCCAUCCUGUGUCUGUGCAGUUGAGCUCAACAUUUGUUGUUGAGCAUGAGGAGCAUACACCAGAAGCCCAAACAGUAGAGCAGUCUAAAAUAACUGUUGGCUCUGAAAAGAAUGAUAACAGGAUGCAAAAACUAAAGCUUGUUGACAGCAUUACUGAAUCAAUAAUGCUGCAACUUCUGAAGGACUCAUUUGUAUCACCUGACAUUAAACUGAAAGAAUGCGGAGAAGUACCAGAUGGUAAUGCAUCAAGAGAAACAGUUUUAUCAUAUGCACAUAAAUUCAGUGAGACCACCAAGCCAGAGGUUGGUGUAAUAAGUGAAAUUCAAUGUGAUUCAAGAACUGUUAUCCUAGAUGAAGCUGAGAAGCAAGAGAAUCUUGCCAUUGAAAAAGAACCUCACACAAUAAAUGAUAUCUGCAUUGGCAAUACUACUUUCAUCAUUGAUGAGUCUAGUAAGUCUGAGAAAAAUACUUCAGUACUGGUGGAUGAGAUGCUAAAUCACUUCCUAGAAAAUGCUACCAGUGAUGUACUUACCAUAUACAAUGCAAAAAUAUCAAACUCUGACAGACUGUGUGUGCCUUCUGAAGAUUGUAAACAAAGCCCAUCUAUCGAAAUAUUGGAAUCACGCGAUAAUAGUGAUCUUAGUCCACUAGAUCGUGAUUCUAUUUGCAAGCCCUCAGAAAUUAUAAAUGUCACAUUGCAAAAUAAUAAUACCCAUCUCUCAGUUGAUGAUAUGAUAAAUAAUGAUGUAGUGAAAGACUCAUUUCACAACUCGAAAAAAAUUAAUGUUAUAGAAAAUGAAAUGCAAGAUAUGAUAUCAUUUACUUCCCCUGAUAGUAGAAAAGUUCAAGAACUUUCUGUGGAAGAUGUAUUGAAGCCUUUUUCGGAACAUUCUACUUGUGAGAAAUUGAUGACAAGAACUGAUCGCGAACAACCACAUGAAAACAGAAGUGAUGAUGUCUCUUCAGGAAGCCUCAUUACAGAUGAAGGCGACAGUCUACUGCACCAUGGACUUACAACAGCAGAUGAAGUGGUGAUGUCUGAGGAACAUCUGGCAAAUGGCUGUAAGUCAAAAGUUGGUACCCAAAAUGGAAAUAAGUUGAAGGACAUCAGUCAUCUCCAAAAGGUGGAGGUAAGGGGCAAACAGACACUCAACAAUGAGACCUUUCCUCCAGGCUGGUUUGAUGAAGACUUGGAUCUCAGCAACAGCUGGCGUGAAGCUGAGCAAUUACGUUUGCAACAGCUUCACAUUGAGCAAGAGAUACGACGGUUGGAAGAACAGCAGCAUCAGCAACAAGCACUGGUUCUGGUCCGUGAAAUUCCAGACAAGCCUCCACCACCGUACACACCACGUGGUACCACACUGCUGUCAUCUUCAGUGCUUUGUCCGCCACCAGCAAUUGGUGCUUCAGCACCCCGUCACCGUCUUAUAGAACUCGUGGCUGAGGCAACUCCACUGCUCAUUUCCACUGGUACACUGCCCGUGCUGCCUCCGGAAGACUUUUGUACCGGCUACAAUCCUUCCAUCCGCAAGUUCAUCUUUGACCUCAGUAGCAGUCUUGUCAAUGAGGCUGUCAGUGUCCCGUGUACAGAUGAUGAGUAUGGUGAAGAGACUCCUCGACAACAGAUGACAGUGAAGCGAAGUCAGGAAGCAGUGCGAGCACACGUGACACGGAGGGCAACAGCCCUUCUAGAUGGUAGUGCUGGUGCAGGAUCAGGCUCUGCUGGCAAACUCAGGCGCUUGGCUAUAGGACCACGAUGGCGACGACGUGACCAUGUUGAUGAGUUGCUUGUGCGUGAGGCACGUGACGAAGAACCUGGUUGGAUUGACUACCGGCGUGAUGAAGCACAGCUGCGCAAUGAAACAGCAUGUGCACUGCUGCAUGAUUUGCUCGAUGAUACUGUGACUGCUAUUACAACGGCCAUUACAAGACGCAUGGCUCCCAAGACAACAGGUGUGAUGUGAUUAUGUCAUUGUCUUACGUGGGACUUCUGCCACUAACUUGCAGCAGAUAUUCUCCAAAGUUCCAGCACAUUGAAAAGUGAAGACCAUAAAGAUACUGGAACCUUUUCUUUCUCCAGGAACAUGACUUCAGUGCGCUCUAAUUUGAUGGUAUAGUUUAAAAAUGUUUUAUGGCACAUUCACAGUUUGUCAUUUAUUGUGUAAGGCAGUUGCUCAGCAUACCCGUCCACUCUCUUUGAAUUCCACGAAGCAAGCUUUAAGACACAGCUAAUUCCACAAUACUCAGGUGCACAUGUGAGACUGAUUUUAUUUUUUUACCUAAUUUAUCAAGACAUUUUAAUAAAUUCUCAGAUUAUUUAGUAAAAUUUUGGUGUUGAACUGGACAGCUUUAAGUUUAUAGGAAUAAACAGAGUGAAAUUUGUACUUAAAUGCAGGAAAAGCAACUGCAACUCCAGUGUCAGUAUAAACUUGUGUGUGUGUGUGUGUGUGUGUGUGUGUGUGUGUGUGUGUGUGUGUGUGUGUGCGCGCGCGCUUGCACUUGCGUGCACAUGUUUUUCCAUAUUUUUAUUAAGUAACUGUUGGUGCCUCGGAGUGCAAUUAGUAGCCGUUUUAUUCGUCUUUAUUUAUUUAAAUAUCUGAUUUGAACUUGUUAAUUGAUGACAGUUAUUUUAAUUAUUCAUUUUGUUAAUGAAAUUAUUCUUCACUCAGACUACUCCAAGGAACAAAUUAAACUGAGUUUUAUUUAAUUCUGUGGGGUUAUAUUGUAUACAGUAAAUGUGUAAUAUAGGACACGAUUACAAAGUCUAACAUCAUUGAUUAUAAAGAACAGAGACAUAAACAUCAUUUUAACUAAAAGGAAGUCUUUCAAGAAUAGAAAGCUCCACAGGAAUCUGAAGUGAAUAAAAACUUCAUAUCAUUAUGACUAGUAAUAAAUAGUUAUGAUUUAACCAAUGAGAAAAAGAAAAAAAAGCAUAUACACACUUUUUGUUGUUAGUUGUAUAUGAGAUCUCUUACUUUGUGAAAUUUUUGUUUACGUAUGCUUCUGAAUGAACCUUCUGUGCCCCCACUUUCUCAACUCUGGUUCCUUUCUAUUUUUCUUACUUGACAUUUUUCAUUUGAAAUUUCUAGGUGGAUGUUGCAUGUUCUUGACAUCGGUCUGACAGUAAUUGUGUGUUUAGCUUAGAUAAUGUAAUGUGUCUUACCUAUGUUUUGCAAAGAGUGUUAAGCAAUAUAUUUGCCAUAACUCUGUCUUUAUUUAUAUUAUCUGUUGUCAGACAACUGUAGUUUCCAUUUUUGACACUGCUGAUAACAUUUGUUAAACAAUAAUUGACGCAACCACAGACAUUAUCUAAAAUUAAAUUGUAUUUCAGAUAGUAAAUGAUGAAACAUUAUGUAUCAUACCAAACUAUGAUUAUAGAUAUAUAUUUUCAUAGUAAUGUUUAUUCCAGAAAAGUGUAAGCAGUUGUAAUAAUCUUUGUAAA